CAGAGCUGUGCUCACUCGGCGUUCGUGGCUGCAGGACACUCGGGCCCAAUGGAGCAGGGAGAUUGGCAGUGGUGGCUACUGCUGCUGGUGGGCAUCCAGCUGGCCAGUGCCCAGUGCCCAGAGCAGUGCCAGUGUGUCCGCAGUGGCCAGGUGGAAUGCUCUGGUGCCAACAUCACCACGGUCCCCAUCCCCAUCCCUGAGAAUGCCAUGACCCUUCAGAUCAUCAACACGCGCAUCACCAAGCUGGGUGACGCGUCCUUCAGCAACGCCUCCCUGCUCAUUGGGCUGCGCAUCGAGAAGAACAACCUGUCCCACAUAAGCCCCGGGGCCUUCCAGCACCUGCCUGACCUGCGCUAUCUCAGCCUGGCCAGCAACAAGUUGCAGGAGCUCCCUGUGCAGGUCUUUGAACCUCUGGACAAGCUGGAGUCUCUACUCCUCUCCAGUAACCAGAUCCUCCAGGUUGAGCCUUCCCACUUCACCCACCUAAGCAACCUUAAGGAGCUGCAGCUGCACGGGAACAACCUGCAGGAGCUGCAGGAGGGGGUGUUCGACCAGCUCACCAGCCUCACCAAGCUCAACCUGGCGAGGAACAACAUCGACUGCCUGCCGCCCCGGGCCUUCGAGCGGCUGGCACGGCUGCAGGUGCUGCGGCUCUAUGAGAACCGGCUCCGGCAGAUCCCAGCAGGAACCUUUGAUGGGCUGCCAGAGCUACAGGAGCUGGGGCUGCACCAGAACCAGCUGGAGACACUGUCCCCGGAGCUCUUUGUGCACAACAGCAACCUGCAGAAGCUCUACCUGUCCAAUAACCUUCUCACCACUCUGCCGAGUGGCAUCUUCUUGCCCCUGCACUCUCUUGCCAAGAUCACCCUGCAUGUCAACCGCCUGCGGGAUAUCUCCCCCAGUGCCUUUGGGCCCAUGCCCAACCUGCGGGAGCUGUGGCUCUACGAGAAUGAGCUUUCCAGCCUCCCUACUGCCGUCUUCAGCAAUCUCACCCAGCUGCAGCUCCUGGUUCUCAGCAAGAACCGGCUGCGGUCGGUGGCACCGGGGGCUUUCCAGGGCUUGGGGGAGCUGCUGGAGCUGUCGCUGCACUCCAAUGCCCUGCGCCGCCUGGAUGCCCGGAUGCUGGAGGGGCUGCCCAAGCUGCAGAACAUCUCCCUGCACCACAACCAGCUGCAGGCACUGCCGCGGGGCCUCUUCAGGGCCACCCCUGGUCUGCAACACCUGCAGCUGCAUUUCAAUGGCCUGGAGUACCUGCCUGCUGGCAUCUUCUCCCCCCUGACUACCCUGCGAGAGGUGAGGCUGCACAACAACUCCUGGUGCUGUGACAAGGGCAUCCUGCCCCUGCAGGGCUGGCUAGUAGACAACCCCCACAAGGUGGGUGAGACACCCCCGCUGUGUGCCCAGCCUCCUGCUCUGCUGGGCACCCCCAUCGCUGAGCUGCCACGGGACCAGUUCCUCACCACCCAUUCCCCCACUGCCUCCCCCCAUCCCAGCACCCAGCUUCCUGCUCACAGCUCUGAGGCAGCAUCACCAGAGGGCGCCUGGAUGGAGCCCCCUGCGGGGCUGCCAAUCUCCCCAUGGGUGGAGGAGGAGAGGGAGAAGGAGGAGGAGGAGAGAGGGCAGUUUGGGCUGACACGCAUACAGAGCGGGGUAGUGGUGGCAGUCAUUGUGCUGGUGUGUGUGGCCCUGCUUGCUGCUCUGGUGGCAUUGGUGGUCUACGGCUGUAGGAAGAAGAGCCACGUCGUGCUUAUGAGGAUGAAGGCGCCGAAUGAAGCCUGAAUGUCUGACAGACCCUGGGGGGAGAGGUGCUUGUGUGGCAUCCCCUCUCUGUGGGGCCAAGGGACAUGACAGUGACUCUGCAUCAGCUGCCCUUGCUGACUGGGAUGGGACAGCAUCACCCUGUGUGCUGCAUGUACUGACCGCUGUCCUGCUCUGCUUUGCCCUGUCCCUGCUCUGCAGCAGGACAUCCCCCUGGGUGAUCUCCUGUGGCUGCCCUCUAUCCCCAGCCCCUCCUGCCUCCAGUGCAGCCUCUGUGCUCAUUCCCUGCCCAGGAUCAGGCAACUGGGGUGAGAGGUGCUGAGACGGAUCCCUUGGGCCAGGGAUAAUGAUGGUGCUUACCCUAAAUAACAGGACCUCCCCAUCAUUCAGCUUGCAUCCUUCCCUGCAGUGCUUCUGCUCUCGUGUUGCCUGCUGCCCUCACACCUGCCCAGCCCCUCUUCCCCAUCCUCUGCCCCUGCCUUGCCUUCCCCCUGCCCCUGCCUGGACAGGCAGUGUGAGCCGUCAGACCGUGCCGAGCGAGCACCUUCGCCCCGGGAGAGCUCCGUGUCCUUCUGCUGUCACUCGCCUGUGCCCGGGCAAGGCUCCCCGCGGGGUUGGGCUGCUGACAGACUGAUACACCCUGAGUGUCUCAGCCGCGUCCCAGCUGCCCUCCCUGCCUGCAGGCAGGGUACGCCAGAGCAUAGCCGGCACCCUGCUCCCGGCAUCCUCCUGCAGCCCUCCUGCACUUCCAGCCAGGAGAGUCAUGGGGAAGUGUGCUGGCAUCAGGGGGCGUAGGGGCAGCCCCCCAGCCCUCACUGCACGCUGGUGCUGACCGUGCCGUGUCCGUGUCCCUGCCUGCAGCCCCCUGCCUCAGGACCAUGGGGUGCUGAGGGGCUUGCACUGAACCUGCUGCAGGGGGAGUUAGAGGAGUGAGACGAUGGGUGUGAAGUGUCUGCAGGGGCUGGGAGAGGCCCCUGUGCUUGUGGCCCUGGGCACCUGGAGCAUGUUGGGGCUGCUCCUGCUGCAGCCCAUCCCUGGUCCUCAAUACCCUCACGCAUCCUUCACCAGCUGGCAAGUAGCCUGUUCCUGUUCUGCUUGGCAAAGCUUUAUGCUCUUCUUCCUCUCCUGAGUGCCCUCCUGUAUGUGCCCAGUCCCCCUGCCUGUUCACAGCCCUUGGGCUGUGGGAAUGCUGGCAGCACACACUGGGGGGGGGUCAGCAAGCACUAGCUGCUCUGCAAUUCACAAAUGGGUGCCCCAGCACCUGCAUCCAACUGUAGCACAGCCACAGAGGAGCCCAGCUCACCUUUGUGUGUGCUGCAGUGGCAUCAGGCUGCCUGAGGAUUGCUGCCAUGGGACAAGGAUCACACUCACAGCCAUAGUGCUGGCUGCUCACAGCACCUCAGGAGGUAGUGCUGGCACAAGCAGCUCUACGCUGGUGCACAUGAUGGGUCAUUCCUCUGAGCUGGGUCCUGCAUGGCAACAGGGGACACAGGACUGUGUCAUGGGGCCAUUGGGUGCUGAUGUGUGACCUCUCCAUUAAAGUGCCUUUGUCCACCCUCA